ACCCGUUACCGCCUCCGCUUCGAUUUGGUAACAGUGAUGAGGUGCUUCUUGUGCCAUGCCUGAUGUGUGCCUGUGUAAUUGGCUUGAAGUUAUUGAAGUUGCAAUUUGCAUGACCGGUAGAGCUGGUGACAUUGCACGGGCUUUGCACACGGCACGUAUUCGAAUUUCCAACAGUUGUUGAAGUCUUACCUUAGCGUCUUAUACCUUGUUUUAAUUCUGGACAUCGCUUUCCAACAAGCCCCACACACGAGAUUAUCAAACGUCCGUUUAAUACUUCAAGCGCUGCCGGCAUUAUGAGGCCACUGGUGACGUGCCGGUGACGUUGCCUUGAGUGAUAUUGCGAUAUUGUUCGGCUGGAGCAGCUGGGCGUCACUUAGAAGUUGAACGGCCUCUGGCAACGGUCUCUGUUUGCGAGUCUACUUUUUCGAGUUUCGUUUGAUGCAACAUGUCUUCUUCAGAACUACCUGAAGUCUUGAAGAAAGUAUUCAGCGUUGUGGAUUUGAAACAGGAUGCCUUUAUCAAGACUCUUGGUGAAGCAGUGGCAAUCAAGAGUGUAUCAGGGUGGCCAGACGCAAGAAACGAUGUCGUUCAUAUGGUUAACUGGAUGAAGAAGAAACUGGAAGCUGAAGGUGCUGUUUGUGAGCUCAGAGAUAUUGGAGAGCAAGCCCUGCCCGAUGGGUCUGUCCUCCCCCUCCCUCCUGUGUUAAUCGGCCAUUUGGGAUCUGAUCCCAAGAAGAAGACUGUCCUGGUGUAUGGCCAUUUGGAUGUGCAACCGGCACUCAAGGAAGAUGGCUGGGACACAGACCCUUUUGUGCUAAUUGAGAAAGAUGGGAAGCUGUACGGUCGUGGCUCAACAGACGACAAGGGGCCUGUCAUUGGUUGGCUCAAUGCAAUACAGUCCUACAAAGAGGCAAAUGUUGAUCUGCCUGUUAAUCUCAAGUUUGUAUUCGAAGGCAUGGAAGAGUCUGGCUCUGAAGGGUUGGAUGACCUACUGUUUAGUAUGAAGGACACAGACUUCCUGAAAAAUGUAGACUACGUUUGCAUCUCUGACAAUUACUGGCUCGGAAAGAACAAGCCUUGCCUCACCUAUGGUCUCAGAGGCCUCUGCUACUUUGCCGUGGAAAUUCAGUGUGCUGCUAAGGACCUCCAUUCGGGUGUGUUCGGUGGAACAGUGCACGAGAGCCUUUCCGACUUGGUGUACAUUCUGGACAACCUGACGGACUCUUGCGGUCAAAUACUCAUCCCGGGCAUCAUGGAUGACGUAGCACCGGUAACAGAUAAAGAACGUGCCCUCUACGCAGAUCUCGACUUUGAUAUGGAAGAGUUCCGCAAAGACGUUGGAUGCAAGAAGCUUGCUUGUAGCGAUAAAGCUGAGCUGCUCAUGGCACGUUGGCGUUUUCCCACCUUAUCUGUCCAUGGCAUCGAAGGUGCUUUUCAUGGUGCUGGUGCUAAGACCGUAAUACCCCAGAAGGUGGUGGGAAAGUUCUCCGUCCGCAUUGUUCCCAACCAAGAACCCAAGAAAGUGGAGAAGGUGGUCUUGGACUACCUCAACGAGCUCUGGAAGCGUAGGAACAGCCCCAACACCAUGAAGGCAUUCAUGUUGAGCGGCGGACGUCACUGGAUCAGUGACCCAUUCCACCCACACUUUGAAGCUGGAGCAGCUGCUACAAAGCAUGCAUACGGUGUCCGGCCAGACAUGAUUCGUGAAGGUGGCAGCAUUCCCGUCACAUUGACGUUCCAGGAAGUGACUGGCAAGAACGUAAUGUUGCUUCCCAUGGGGGCGUCUGAUGACGGAGCACACUCGCAGAACGAGAAGAUCGACCGUAGGAACUAUGUCCAAGGGACUAAGGUUCUGGCUGCCUAUCUCUAUGAGGUAUCCCUGCUGAAGUAGGACCGGACACAUUUUAUACGUGGCACAUUCGUGCGAUUUGAAUAUCAGCGAUGUACAGGAAUUCACCAGUUCCUUUUCUGCAUGUGUGUCUACUAAUAUAUUGGUACAACAUUUAAAUAUUUUACCAGCAUGCCUUUUUGAUACCAAAAUUAAAGACAUAUUUUAAUUA